UAUAGCUGAGACAGGCUCUGGCAACGUCUGAGCUAAUCGCGUAGGUGACCAGAUCAGAGGCUGUCAUCCUCCAACUGCUAUGAGCUGCACGAUAGAGAAGAUCCUGACAGACGCCAAGACACUGCUGGAGAGGCUGCGGGAACACGAUGCGGCCGCCGAGUCGCUGGUGGAUCAGUCUGCGGCGCUGCACCGACGGGUGGCAGCCAUGCGGGAGACGGGGACAGCGCUUCCGGACCAGGUCAGGCAGAGGGUAGGGGCACAUCAAGAAGAUGCAUCCGACGUGAAGGAGAUGGCCAAAUAUAAACCUCACAUUCUGCUGUCCCAAGAGAACACACAAAUUAGAGACUUGCAGCAGGAAAACAGAGAGCUGUGGGUUUCCUUGGAGGAACACCAGGAUGCUUUGGAACUCAUCAUGAGCAAAUACCGGAAACAGAUGUUACAGUUAAUGGUUGCUAAAAAAGCGGUGGAUGCUGAACCAGUCCUGAAAGCUCACCAGUCUCACUCUGCAGAAAUUGAAAGUCAGAUUGACAGAAUCUGUGAAAUGGGAGAAGUGAUGAGAAAAGCAGUUCAGAUGGACGAUGACCAGUUUUGCAAGAUUCAGGAAAAACUAGCACAAUUAGAGCUUGAAAAUAAGGAACUCCGAGAAUUAUUAUCCAUCAGCAGUGAGUCUCUUCAGGUCAGAAAGGAAAACUCAGUGGACACUGCUUCCCAACCCAUCAAAUAACUGAACUGCAGAGAGCUGCUGGAGAUUGCCCAUAUAGGAAGGAAGUCCUCGUUUCUCCGUUUGAGUGUUGUCCUUUCAGUGUCUUGCCUCAGACUUGACUUAGAGCUGACUAAAGGUGUCCGGCGGCAGUGCAGAAUCCUAGUCAGACCUGCUGCCGACGGAGCAGGUGUUGGGCGUGUUAGAAUAUACACUGAGUUUCACCAUUCCUUUCUCUAAGAGGCUACUUUUCAUUUUUAUUUCUGGGACCUUGAUUUAUAUAAACUUUAUUUUCAGUUCAUUUUUGUUUUUUUACAUCUUUGAAACUUUGAAUAUUUUAUUAUAAGCCAAUUAUUUUAUCUUACAUUAUAUGAGAUGAUAAAAUACACUUCUAACAAUUUUUAAAAGAGAAUUAACUUUCUAAAUCUAUUUGGCAUAGGCUGAAUUUUUUCCAUCUGACAAAAGUAAUAUGACUGCACAGAACUACGUUGGCAGAUUCCGAUUUGUAGUGUCAUUUAUCUGGGACCUUUUGGGUCUCUGGUGCUCAGAGUUGGCACGCUCUGGUCAGGUGUCUUCACUCUGGAUUUGAGAGAACCUACUACUACCAUAGUCCCAGGGAAUGGAUCUGAAAACAAGUGAUAAUAUAACUGUCAUAUCGUUCAGAGAGUGCUGAGGAACUUGCCCUGUGUAUGUGCACACAUACGUGCAUGUAAUUUAAAUACCAAAAGAUUUCUUUUAUUUGAUUGAAUAUAAGUAGUCUUUGGCUGGGAGGUAUAGCUCAGUGGUAAAAUGCUUGCCUAGCAUGUACCAGGCCCUGGGUUUAGUCUCUAGCUCCUCAAAAUAAAUGCAUAAUUUUUACUUUCUAAGAAGUCUUCCAUUUAGGUAGUUUGCCUAUGUGUGAAGAGCAGAACAUAUCAUAGCUUUAUGUGCAGCAUAGUUGUUAGAUACACAUAUAUGCAUACAUACAUGUAUAUAUAACUUUUAUACUUAAGAACCAACACUUCUUAAAAUUUCUUUACUAGCACUAAUAGUUGGCUUUUUUUUAAGAUGUGUUCUUUUGCAUGGAAGUGUUUUUAUUACCUAAAGAGAGUUGUUAACAUUUAUAAUGUUGUGUAAGCUAACAGCAAAGCAAAACUGAGAUUCAAAUGCUGAGUUGUUAACAAAAUUCACUUAACUCAUUCUCCUGUCUCAGUUACUCGUAUUAUAAAUUUAUAAAACCCACCAGUUAUGUCAUCCAUUUAGGUUUACCCAAAGUAUCUGAAACAGUGGAUGCUAAACCUGUCAAUAUUUUCCAGUAACAUUACACACCAUACUGCAUGAGAGAAACAGUGUUAAAAAGUUAUUUGUUAGUGCUUUGUGCUGUAAAUUUCUUUUGUACUGCUCUAACGAACUAAUUCCAGAUGAAACAACAAAAUCUCUGCAAGGUGUUAAGUAUCUGAUCCCUGCAGUACCGAUGAACUUUGCUAGAGGGAGCAGUAGGCAGAAAUAGGCAUACAUCAUUUUAGAAAUUUUCAAGUUUCUUAUCUGAUGGGCUGCAGAGAUUUAACUGCAAAUACUUCCACCCCAAAGGGACAGCAUUUUUGUUUCAUUUCCUAAGAGUAAAUAAAUUAGUCGAACUGUUUGCCUUGAAGUAUGCCCCAAGUGCCCUAGGUUGUUCCCCAGUCCACUCAGGAGGCAGGUAUACUGUAUCAUUUAUCAGUCACUAUGACCAGGUUUCACAGAAACUGUUAAAUUUUUC